ACCGCUCUUUGGAGGUUGUGCCUCUUUAGUGAGGCGGAUACGAGAGGCACGUAUAGUGAUCAAUACCAUAAUUCAGCUGAGUCCGUUACUUAGCACGGUAGCUUGUGGAUUUCAGUUCAUGUCGGGAAACUAAGUCUGUUACAGAAGCUAGGGCCCGGCCGAUUGCUUCGAGAGAGGUCCACUGUCAAGAUGGCCUACAGGAAUGUGUAUUUACUGCCACUGCUGGCUCUGGCAUGGUCCAGCGCAGUAUCGAUGACACUGGCGUUUCGAACCGGUGACUAUGCAAGCGCUCUUGACAAGACCAUCUUGUUCUACGACCUUCAGCGUUCUGGGAGGUUGCCCGGUUGGCACCGACUGAGAUGGAGAGGAAAUUCGGGUUUGCAGGAUGGUCGAUCGAACGGGGUUGAUUUGACGGGAGGAUACUAUGAUGCCGGAGACAACAUGAAGUUCGGGCUUCCAAUGGCAUAUUCAAUGACAAUGCUGGCUUGGAGCAUUAACGAGUUCACACCAGAGUUGCGUAGAACUGAUCAGCUUGGGAAAGCUUUGAAUACACUUCGUUGGGGGACCGAUUACUUUUUAAAGGCACACACUAAACCAAAUGAACUGUGGGUGCAAGUGGGUAGCCCUUGGAGCGACCACGAUUGCUGGCAGAGACCCGAGGACAUGACAACGCCCCGACCAGCAUUUAAGAUCGACACGAAUCGUCGUGGCUCGGAUGUCGCUGCGGAGACUGCAGCCGCCCUUGCAGCUGCUUCGAUAUCCUUCCGAGGCAUUGACAGAGCGUACUCUGCAAGACUUUUGCGAAGUGCACAACAGCUCUUCAACUUUGCAGAUCAGUACAGAGGGAAAUAUAGUGACAGUUUGGCAGGAGUUGUUUGCCCUUUCUACUGCUCUUACUCCGGGUUCAAUGAUGAGCUCGUGUGGGGUGCCGCGUGGUUGCUUCAGGCGACGGGAAACAGAUGGUAUUACCAAUAUCUUACUAGAAACGCUUACUCUUUGGGAGGUGCAUCAAUGGUGAAGCGGAGUCUCAAUUGGGACGACAAAUAUGUCGGUGCACAAGUCCUAAUUGCACAGAGUGUGAUGAGAGGCAGGGGUGGACUUAAUGGUUACAAGGACCGUGCGGAUCAGUUCAUUUGCAGUGUGCUACCCAGGUGGAUAAGCCCAUCUUCUUCUGUUGGCCGCACGAAGGGUGGACUAUUGUUCUUUGAUGGCAACAUCAACAUGCAAUAUGUCGCAUCCUCCACUUUCCUGCUCGUAAACUACGCCAAGCAUCUCACUGCUUCUAGACAGGCCUUGUAUUGCGGAGGCAAGAAGGUGACCGCAGGCCAGUUGUAUGGUGAAGCAAGGCGUCAGGCUGAUUACAUUUUGGGAGCAAACCCUCGAGGCAUGUCAUACAUGAUCGGCUUUGGAAGGAACCCGAUAAGGGUCCAUCACAGGGCAGCUUCCCUUCCUUCAGUUAGAUCUCACAGAUGGAACAUCCAAUGCAAGCAAGGUUUCGACUGGUUCAACACCUGGAACGCCAAUCCCAACCAGGCGACUGGUGCCAUUAUCGGAGGCCCCGACUGGAGUGACAACAUCAACGACAGCAGAGGCAACUAUGCUCAGAUGGAACCCACCACUUACACUAACGCACCCAUGGUUGGGGUCUUCGCAGCCUUUGCAGCUGGAACACGAUACUACUAGCCAUACUCCGGAGCGUCAGCAGGCUGGUAUUAGCGGUACCAUCAUUAUCAGUGAUACAUGCAAACUUCUCCUCAUCGGAACAAACGACGAGGCAGAUUCACUGACGAACCUAAACUUUAUGUACAAUUAGCGGCUCUGAGGAGAUCUAGAGUCUCCCGAGCAUUAUUAGACGUAUGACACAUGAAGUAAUAUGGAGUUACUUGAGGAGGCCAAAGUUUUACAAGUUGGACUCCCGGACUCCAUAUUCUUCUUCUGAGCGAUAGGUGAGCGUAUUAGCUCCGAUCCUCAGCCACAUACUAAGAUACCUGUAACGUCGAGAUUAUAACUUCGGGUUGAUGUUUUGUUUACUC